UUCACUUCUUGUCUAUGCAUCCUCUAUUUAUCUCUUCAUCAGACUAGUUCAUCACAUCUGUGCUUGUUGUGGUCCUCUUAUCCCCCCCCUUGAGCCAGGGCUACGACGCUGUCGCUGUUAGCUCCUUUUCUUCUGCAGCUCACCUUGUUGCCGUGGAUACGACACCAUCCAACGUUCCUCCCCACCUGCUGACGGAGUGCGGUCAAUUUUGGACAGAGAAUCUUCGCAGCAAAUAAUCCUCAGUCUUACCUACCUAUCUACCACGUCUGCGUGCACGCGAUACUCUUAUAUAUCGCCAGCGGUUUUUAUCGAAGUGCUUUUUAUGUACAUUUACAGGCAUCGGAUACGUCGUCCGCUGGGAUUAACAGAAUUUGCUAUCGUUCAAUGAAUUUCUGGAUUGUUUACACCUGAAGAACAUCACAUUUUUCGCCAUGGCUUAUUUUUCUGGAGGAAGGAAUGGCUUUGAGGAUUUGGAUUACUUAUCCCCUGACUUUGAUCUUAACUCCCUCACCAUCCCUCGUCUUCGCUCCAUCCUUGUCAGCCACGAUGUUCCAUACCCGGCUUCAGCCAAGAAAGCGCAACUUAUCCAGAUUUUGCAGGAUGAGGUUAUGCCGCAUGCUAGGAGACUACUUAGAGAGCGUGAACAGGUCAGGAGAACCAGUGCAGGUAUAAUGGAUAUGGGAAGCCGAGAAACAUCCGUCGCCAGUGACUUCGACAGUAGGAGAGAUGCUGAUAGAGAAUCUAUGCCACCGCCGCCAACGCCUUCCACAGUCUCGACGACCAGUGGGACGAGGAGAGGACGAUCUGCACGCAGCACUAGGGCAUCUACAGCGGAUACAGAGGAAAGAUAUGCGCCAUCUACUCCUGUAACUACUUCAAGGGCGGUGGCAAGAUCGGCGAGGAAGCAUACACGCGCAUCUGAUACGGAAACAGGUGAUGAUACUCUUGCGACCCCUACUGUCGCCACUCCUGGUACAUCCCGAAGGUCUACCGCUCGGAAGCUACGGAAGAGCGAAUCGAUACCGUCAACAGAACCUGAAGCGUUUACUCCACGUGUGAAGACCGAGCCAAGGGAUAAUGAUGUUUUUUCAGAUGAUAAUCCAUUCCAAAGCGGAUCCCCUAGCUCUUGGAGCCAUCACAAAACAAGAACCACUAGCCGCGAGCGGAAGCGGAAGAGCAGCACACUUUCUAUCGAAGCGUCUCUUAGAGACGAACGGCGGUCUCGAAAACCAGAGACGCCUGUUCGUUUGAAGCAGGGCGAUGGGGUCACUGUUCCUGCGCAAUCUUCUUUCGAGUUUUCACUUUCUUCACUAAGGUCUCCUGAAAACGAAGAACGUGAUGUUAUUGCGGGCGAGGAAUUCACUCCUGAGGAGCAGUUGGCUUUCGAAAGCGAGCAUGCCGAGUUAUUGUAUCCGCUGCAAGGUAAGGUCAACAGACUCCAGCUAAAGCAGGGAAGAGCCAGCAAAACGGCCUCUUGGCUGGUUAUUUUGUCACUUCUUAGUGCUUUUGGCUUCUGGUGGCGUAAAGAGAAAAUUGAGAUUGGAUAUUGUGGUAUCGGAAAGCCUACUUGGUCGUUAGCGGAGACAAAGGUUCCUGAUUGGGCCAACGUGUUAGAGCCACGCUGCGAACCCUGUCCAGCCCAUGCAUUCUGCUAUCCCGAUUUUGAGGCGCGCUGCGAACAUGAUUUCAUCCUGAAACCGCAUCCUUUAGCACUGGGAGGGUUGGUUCCAUUACCCCCAACAUGUGAACCCGACAGCGAGAAAGCGCGCCGGGUGAAGGCGGUCGCCGAUAAAGCCAUAGAAGAGCUUCGUGAUCGGAGGGCCAAAUGGGAAUGUGGUGCAACCAAGGACGGCCGCAAAGCAAUAAAGUCACCGGAGAUAAGCGAACUAGACUUGAAGAGUGAAGUUGGCAAGAAACGACGCAAGGGUAUGAGCGAUGCUGAGUUUGACGACCUGUGGAAGGGAGCUCUUGGCGAGAUUCUUGGAAACGAUGAAAUUGUUAGCAAAACACAACAAGACGACAAUGUAAUUACAGACCCUCCUCUGUCCUUACUCUCACGUCAACAUCCGUUGCACGCCUCCCCCUCACAUGCGCCUUCCGCCGCUACCUCCGACUAUCUCUCCUCGCGUAUCGAUUCCCUAUUUCGAUUCUAGUUCUUGCCAGCAGUUUCCUUCUUUAUGCUCGCUCGCGCGUGCUUGCUUACCGUUCUGAUAUGGCACGUGUUCCCGAAUUGGUAGCGACCACUCUAGAUCGCCUGGCUACGCAGGCCGCGCUUUACUCUCGCGGUGAUGCUCGUGAACCCUAUAUUCCUAUUGGCCAGUUGCGUGAUGAUGUACUUCGCUCCGAGCUCAAGGGCAGCAGGCGCGAGAAACUCUGGAAAAGCGUCCGCAGUGUCGUUGAAGAGAAUGCAAACAUCCGAGCGGCUGUCCGAGAAGGCCGUGGUGGGGACAUCUCUCGGGUAUGGGAGUGGAUGGGUGGUAUUGGUGGCGUCAGUGAAAUCGAGGGAAGUGCACGAAGAAGGGAGAGCAGCAAGGUGCAGUUCGCUCUUUCUUCGGGACAAGAGGAUCACCGGGUAGUGGAUGAAGGGCAGACAUCGAGCCCGCGAGAGUCACGCAGAUGGGAUGAAGGACGGCCCAUUUUUUGAUAGGCUAGAUAGCCUUUUUGUUUUCUUGUUACCAUUCCCAGGUUCUGCUUCUUGUCGAUAUAUUGGAUUGUUGAUUCAUAACUAUUCUUUUGGCGUUGCGCAUGUUCAGAACCUUACUUGCUAAUGAUUAAUGGCUUUUCUCUUCCUUUUUUGGGCCACUUUGCUCUCUGUCAACUUAAUUUCGCAAGUUUACUUUUCAUUGUAGAAGGCGAAGUUGACAAGAAAGUAUAAAUCCAUAUAUCUGCUAACUACGUCAAUUCCAAUCUGUCUGAGAGGUCAUUGUACAUGCGUG